UGCCGCCAGCAGCGCAUUGUCUGCCGGACAAAGAGCCGCACUGUGAGCCGGAGCCGCCGCUCGUUAUACGGUAACAGCGACGUCAUGGCCCGCUUCUCCUCCAGCCGACGUGUCGGCGUCGGUUCGGCGGUCUGAUCCCCAACAUCUGGCUCGGGGGGGAACCUUUUGUCUGACGGGCUCAGCUGUUUUUUUGUUUGGGUUUUUUUUUUGUUGUUUUUGUUUGCGCAGACGUGAAUCCACUUUUCUGGAUUAUUUUUUAUUUAUUUAUUUUUUUGGCACAGUGAUAGCACAAUAUUUUUUUUAUUUUUUAUUUUUAGGAGAGGAAAAGAAGCCCGAAGGGCUUAUAAAAAAUCAUCCCCUCAAUAAAAAAAAAAUUGGAUUAAAAUGUCCUUCGCCAUGGAGGACAACUUGGAGUCCGGCUGGGUGUCGGUUCGGCCCAGGGCUUUCGACGAAAAAGAGAGGCAUAAAUUUGUUUUCAUCGUGGCCUGGAACGACAUCGAGGGGAAGUUCGCCGUGACCUGCCACAACAGGACGGUGCAGAGACGCACCGCCGUGCAGGAGCUGGAGCGCACGGACACCGACAUCCCGGACCCCGUGGUGGUGGAGGAUGCACAAACAGACCCGGACCUGGACGGCGACGGCAAUGGCCGUGAGGACUUCAGCUGGGCCGGGCUGUUCUCCUGCCAGGACCUGCGCACCGUGCACCAGCAGCUGUGCGCCGUCAACUCGGAGCUGCGGCCGUGCCUGCCGCCCUUCCCCGGGGAGCGCUCCUCCGGCGUGUGGACGGUGCUGUUCGGGGGCCCGGAGGUGUCUCCGCGGGAGACGGAGGCUCUGUGCUACCAGCUGCAGGUGUACCUGGGCCAUGCCCUGGACACCUGCGGCUGGAAGAUCCUGUCACAGGUGCUGUUCUGCGAGAGCGACGACGCGGAGGAGGACUACUACGAGAGCCUGGGCGAGCUGCGGCAGCAGGGCUACGAGGACGCGCUGCAGGCGGCCAGGACGCGCAUGCAAGAGGUGUUGGACAAGCACAAAGCCAUGGACAGCAUGGUGGAGCUGCUGCAGGUGUACCCAGAGGAGGAUGAGGCGUAUGGAGAUCUGCUGGAGGCCACGACUCAGCUCUACCACUUCCUGCUUCAGCCCUUCAGAGACAUCAGGGAACUGGCAACUCUGCGCCGACAGCAGAUUAAGAUCUCUCUGGAGACAGAGCGUCUGGGUCCUCGCCGUGUGGAGAGCCUCAGGAAGGAGGAUGAGGAGUGGCAGAAGAAGGCUCACACCGCCGUGCUUUCCAUUCAAGACCUGACCGUCAAGUUCUUUGAAACGACGGCUCGAGCUCAGAAAGCUUUAUACGAGCGGAUGCGUGCAGACCAGAGGAAGUUUGGAAAGUCGGCAUGGGCAGCGGCGGUCGAACGUAUGGAGCGGCUGCAAUACGCUGCUUCCAAAGAAACUCUGCAACUCAUGAGGGCCAAAGAAAUCUGCCUGGAGCAGAAGAAACACAGCUUGAAGGAGGAGAUGCAGAACCUGAAGGGAGGGGAGGACGCCAUGCUGCGUGUGGACCAGCUGGAGGCGCUCUACUACGAGCUGCAGCUGCAGCUGUAUGACGUCCAGGCCGAGGUGCUGCUCUGUGAGGAGCUGCUGCUGACGGCGCAGCUGCAGAGUCUGCGCAGGCAGAUGAUGGAGCGACAGGACGAGGUGGUGUACUACGAUGCCUUCGAGAGCCCCGAUGCCAUGAAAGGUGAAGAGGACCCUGCAACACCUCCAUCGCCCCUCAGAGAAGAAGAACUGUGUGUCCUCCAGCAGAGGACGCGGCAGCUGGAGGCCCGCAGAGGCCGCAUCACAGCCAAGAAAGUCUACCUCAAAAACAAGAAAGAAAUCUGUGUUGCUAAUCACAAAAAGAAGAUCCAACAACGGCAAGGAAGUGACGCUGACUGCAGCUCUCUGCAGGGAGCAGAAGAAGAUGACGAAGCCCAGCGAAACGCCCGAGUGAGUCAGGAGAGGCAGAGGACUCUGGAUAGACUUCGCAGCCUCAGACAGCGUUAUCCAGGCCAGGUGACCCUGAGGUCCAGUCGGUUGCGUCUGACUCAGCCUCACAGUCGGAGGCGAGUGGGACAGCAGCCCAGCACCCAGGCGGUCAGCGUUCAGACCGACUCCAUCUCAGAUCUCCCAGAACUCUCCGCUCCUCCUCCGCCCGACGCCUACGGCUGCGACAGCGCUUCUCUACCAACUGUUGACCUCCAGAGUCUCGGCGCUUCGCCUCCUUUCCUCUCUCUGCCUCUUCUCCCAACCUCUCCAUCUAUUCUUUCGCUGAGCCCCUCUUGCCCCCUCCCGCCUCCACCUCCACCUCCACCACCUCCCCCUCCCCCAUCGCUUCCCCCCUCUGAGAUUCCCGCCUCCAGCCCGGUGCGGCAGCAGAAAUGCGAAUCUGAACCCGCCUCCCUGCCUCUGGCUCCGUUUUCCCCUCGAUUCUUCGACAGCAGCCAACUGCAGACGGCGAUGAAGAAGCUGAGGAAGACGUCCUCCCUGGACUCAGCGCAGUGGAGGAGAGCGAGCUCGCCCAUGGAUGAGGUGCUGGCCUCUCUCAAGCGGGGCAGUUUCCACCUGAGGAAGGCCGAGCUGCGAGUCCUGGGCCCCGACCCGGACGACGACAGCAACAACAUCCUGGCUCAGAUCCGCCAGGGCGUCCGGCUGAAGAAGGUUUGCUCUCAUCCAGAGCAGCAUCGCCCCAAGAGCUUCCCGCACUCAGCCGACCCGCUGACCCGCAGCAUCCACGAGGCUCUGAGGAGAAUCAAAGAGGCGUCGCCGGAGUCGGAGUCGGAGUCAGAGGACGAAGGCCUUCCCUGCACCGACUGGGAAAACUGAGCUGGUGUUUUUUUAGAGCUUUUAAAUCUUAAACUUUUACGGAUAUGUGGAGCCAAAAAGAAGGAAAAACCAGUGAUCUGAGUCGAGACGAGCCGGGGUCAGCUGGAGCCACCUUGGUGCAAUUUGAACAAACAAAAAACUGUCUUUAUUUUCUAAAGAGAGCAGAUGCCUGCCAUACCUGUGUUUGUUAAGAGAGACCUUGUUCUAUGUUGCUGUGGGUUUCCUGGUGAGGGUGCAACUUCAAACCUCUCGUUACUUCAGCGUCGUACUGUAACUCGCUUUGAUGGGUUUGUUUUAUCCAGCCUUUUAGUCCUCGCUACAUUUUUUACUACUCAAGCAUUUACACUUUUCAGUUUACCACGCAACAAUAUCUGAAUACAACAGCUUUUAAAGCAGCACUACGUAACUUUUCCACCUUAAUAUCAUAUUUCCAGAGUCAUUAUGAUGGUACAUCAACUUACAACAGGUUUAAUUACACCUCUGUCACUGUCUGAGGGGUCUGUAUCGCCUUCACUGGCACUAUGUAACUUUGAGGUGCAUGGUAGGAACCCUGCCACACUAAAAAACUAAAAAUCUUUACUUUACGGCAUACGUCACUUCCCCCUCCUUCCCGAUUUGG